AUGGCCGCUCCCACCCCCACCUGGGGACAGAUGCACAACGAGGCCAACGAGAUCACCGAGACGCACGUCCCUCACUACCAGGAGCACCACGGCCUCCAGGCCCGCACUCCUUCCGUCGAUGACGAGAAGAAGUCGCCUCUCUCCUCGCAGGAUGGUCUCGACGCUCAGCUCCCCGUCACCGGCUACUACGAUGCCGAGAAGAAGGCCGUCGCCGCCGAUGAGGACUACGAGCCCGAGGAUCUCCACUCCGGCAAGCAGUUCGACGAGAAGUACUUUCCCGAGGAGACCCACCAGCUGACGAUCCGUUCCAUGGUGGUCGGUACCGUGCUUGGUUGCGUCAUUGCCGCCUCCAACGUCUACCUCGGUCUCAAGACCGGUUUCACGUUCGGUGCUUCGCUCUUCGGCGCCAUCCUCGGCUACUCGAUCAUCAAGGUGAUGCAGAAGGCGCUUCCCGAGAAGCUCGGCGGUGGUUUCUUCGGUCCUCGGGAGAACUGCACUGUCCAGACCGCCGCUACCGCCGCCGGUUCGCUCACCGGCAUGUUCGUCGCCGCCGUCCCCGCCAUGUACCAGCUCGAUCUGCUUCAUGACCCGCUCAAGGACUUUGGCCGCCUCAUCACCUUCUCGGCCGUCUCGGCCUACUACGGUGUCUUCUUCGCCAUCCCCCUGCGCAAGUUCUACAUCUUGAAGCAGAAGCUCAUCUUCCCUUCGCCCACCGCCACCGCCUACACGGUUCGAUCGCUCCACGCCCCCGGUGGAGAGGCUACCGCCAAGAAGCAAUCGCGCGCCCUCCUCUACUCGUUCGCCGCCGCUUUCACCUUUGUGGUCGUCAACCAGUACGCCUCGGGCAUCCUCAUGGACUGGCACAUCUUCUACUGGCUGUACAGCUGGGGAUGGAAGAGGGCCAUCGUUGUCGACAACUGGGGUUGGAUCAUCGAAUGGACCCCUGCGUUCCUCGGUGCUGGUAUGCUUUCUGGUAUGAACGCAUCCUACUCUUUCUUGGGAGGUUCGUUCCUCAUGUGGGCCAUGAUUGGUCCUGCCAUCAUCGCCACCGGCCAAGCACACGGUCGCAACACCGGUAUCGCCCCUUACUACGAAGGUGACAACCCGGAACCCCUCCGUUGGGCCUACACCUCGAUGAGCUUCAACCCCAACACCACCCCGCUCAACCGUGCUUCUCCUCGUUACUGGGGUCUCUGGCCGGGUGUGCUCAUGAUGCUCGCCUACUCGUUUGCCGAGAUCGGCAUGAACGGACCCACGAUCUACCGCGGUAUGCGCGCCGGUGCACAGGAGAUCUACUGCAAGAUCGCCCGCAAGGACCCGCCCACCUACGAGGACGCCAUCGCCGACCCUUGCGAGAAGAAGGACCAGGUUCCCGUCUGGGCCUGGACCGGCGGUCUGCUGCUCAGCAUCGUCUUCACCUGCCUCGUCUGCACGCUGCAGUUCCACAUGAACCUGGGUAACGUCAUCCUGGCUAUCAUCCUUGCGUUCCUCUUCUCGUUCGUCGGUGUGCAGGCGAGUGGUGCGACGGACACCAACCCGGUCGGCUCGGUUGCUAAGGCGUCGCAGUUGAUCGUGGGUGGUGCAUUGCGUGGUCAGGGUAAGACCGGUGCUUCGGGUCUGUUGGAGAACCUGAUUGCCGGUUCGAUCGCCUCGUCUGCCGCCUCGCACGCCGUCGACAUGGUCGGAGAUCUCAAGACGGGUCAUCUGCUUCGUGCCAAACCCCGCACUCAGUUCUGGGCCCAACUCUUUGGUUCGUUCUUCUCGAUCUUUGUCUCGACCGGUCUGUUCGUGCUGUUCACCAAGGCCUAUCCGUGCAUCACCAACGCCGAUGCGGACGAAUGCCCCUUCGCCGCUCCCGCCGUCGCUGCCUGGAAGGCCGUCGCUGUCGCCGUCAUCUCGCCCAAACUCCCCGUCAGCCUCUCCUCCGGUAUGACCGCCAUCGGUUUCGCCAUCAUUUCCGUCCUCACCGUCGUGCUCAAGUACAAGGUGAUUCCGGCCAAGUACCACGUCUACGUGCCCAACUGGAACGCGGUCGGUCUCGGCUUUGUCGUUCCGCAGGUGUACUACCCCAUUGCCAUGUGCAUGGGUGCCACCACCGCGUUGAUCUGGAAGGGAAAGCGCCCCCAGUCGUUCGAUCUGCUGGCGUUUGCCAUCGCCGCCGGUUUGAUCGCCGGCGAGGGCAUGGCGGGUGUCUUCAACGCCAUCCUCACCAUCAUCGGCGUCGACGGCGGGACUUAUGGUAGCACCGUCGGUCUUCCCCCUUGGUAA